AUGCUCCGAUAUCCGUCACUUCGUGAUUUAGCCCUCCCGGUAGGUAUCUCCAACAUCAGGGACCACCACGAAGUCGAAGGAGCUUGCCUCGACUCCAGCAGGUAUACUCCUUCUUGCACCUGUGACGGCGUGGAGGUGCAGUCGGGUCUUACUGAAUCAGAAAUUAGGGGUUACAAAUUCCCUAAUUCUGCUAUUUCAUUCAUGGGAUGGUACCAAUCUUGUGGUCUUUGCAGCAUUACUCCUGAGAUGGUCUCUAUUUCUUUGGACAAUCACGUGAGGCGUCACCGUCCCAAGUCACGCUACGUUCCGAUGGAGACAUUGUGGAAGAUCGUGUCUUCGAUCGUAAGUUACAAGAACUGCCUCUUGAUCAAGAGAGGCAACGGACCGUUUCUCAAGAGCCCCUGUUACGGCCGAUGGAAGCCAGUUCGCUCGCAUUCUGGCUCGCUCCAAAUGGCGCAGAGUAAUUGCUCAAGUGGCGGGUUUUCUCUCAGCGAGCCACCGAGGAAUUGCAGAAAAAAGAAGAUAGGACGGGAGGGGUGGGGAGGGGGAGCUGGAAAUAAAUAA